CUAGAAAGUUAAUUAAAGUACUUUUAUAAUCCUAAUUUCGUUCAUUUUUGUUAAAUUAUUUGAUUGUGUUGUGUUUGUAGGUUGGCGGCAGUGAUCAAAACACAAAAUAUGGCAGAUACGUCAAAAGCUCAAAAAUUGGCAUCUGCUAAAAAAAGGUUUAAAGAGCUCAAGGACCAGAAGAAAAAUGCCAGCACCGUUAAAAACGCCGAAAACCCCGAAACUAAUACGAGGACUACCCCCGUAGACAGCAUGACAAGUUCUACUCAUAGUUCAAUAACAACAGAGCAUGUAGCACAAGAAAAUCCUCCAAGCAACGCACAAAUAGUGAAUUAUUUCAGUGCUUCUCCAGUGCAGAACGUCUACGAACAACCUGCCGCCUUUUUUGAUAAUUUUAGUCAACCAAGUGCUGAGAGUAAUAAUUAUUUUAAUGUUCCUAGUUAUGCAAGCGAGAAUUUUUUUGACCAAAUUCCACAGAAUAACAUUAACACUGAGUAUGUAGCAGAUAAUUUUACUGUGGAACAACCAGAAAUAAUCCAAAACGAUUUAUAUCAAUCACAUGAAAAUGAAGGUCACCAAAACUUAAUUUCCAACCAAGAUAGCCAGAAUUUGAUGAGUUAUUUACAGGCUGGCACUACUGUGGACGAAAAUAAACAAGAAGUAACAUUACAUUCCAAUGUAGAAAGUUUAAAACAACUCUCAGAUCAAAUGGCAGAAUUAGUUGAUACGAACUGUGAAUAUGCAGUGAACACUUCAAUAACAGACUUGGAAAAGAGGAAUUUGGAGUUGGCAGCACUGUAUGAGCAAGAAAAAAUCAGGGGUAAUCAGUUAAAUACCGCGUUAAUAGAUUCGGAAAAUAGAAAUAGGGAUUUGGAGGUUAGGUUACAGCAAAAGGAUUUAAGUAUGGAUUUGCAGAUAAGUCAGGAAUUGGGACGGUUAAAAGAGGAGUUACAAUCAAGAAUACAAACCAUGGGGAUGUUGGUCGCUGAAAAUACAGAAUUAUCAGCGAAUUUAAGCCAGUUUGAGAUAACUACAAAACAGAAGACCAUAGAAUGUGAAGAAUUACAAGCUAGACUUAAGACUUCUAGAUCUCUAGUGGCUGAUUUAGAACGCGAAAUCAACAAUUUGAAGCUGGAAAAGUCGAAAAACGAUAACAUGGGUAAAGAACAUGUCAACACUUUUGAAAAACUCAACUUGGAGCUUAGGAAUGCUAAAGAAGUGAAUGAAGAAAUGCAUCAAGAUUUAUUAGAGGCAAAGGAAAAGCUUAAACACGCAACAGAGGAAAAUAUAACCCUCCAACAGCAAUUCCAAGAUGUCAGCAGCAAAUUGCACAUGGCCAAUAUAAAAAUACAGCAGCUGACAACAGGGGAAUCACACCAAGUCGACGGUCAGGUUGAGCAACUUACCAGCGCUAAAUUCGCUUUGGAAAAAGAGGUUGCCAACUUAAAUCAAACGCUGAAGACUUUGACGAAAGAGAGGGACGAAUCCAGUCAGCAGUAUCAGCAGUAUGCUGAACAGUUGAAUGGGCAGUUGUACAACUUAUCUACUAGGAUAGAACAGUUGCAGCAGGACAAUGAAAAUUUGGUGUUGCAGGAGCAAAACAGGAUUAAGCACAUAGGCGAUCUGGAGCGACAAUUGCAAAACCUACAGAACGACCACGUGAACUUCGCAACGCCGAAAUCAAGCAAUGAUGCCAACUUUAAGAACGAAUACGAAACAACAAAAGAACUCCUAGUCCAAACGCAAAUAGACAAAACCAACUUGGAGGAGAACGUCACCAAAGUCACCAACGAAAACGAAAUGCUACUGCGAGAAUUGAACGCCAAAAACGAAUCGUUGUCUCAGCUGGAAAGCAUGGUGGAACAAUUGAGGGGAAACCAACCGGACAGUGUAAAACUAUUGGCAACAAUGGAAAGCGACAAGGUUGCCGCUGCAAGAGCGGUCGCGCAGAAUAAGGAGCUGAAAUCGCAGAUGGACGGGAUGAACGAAGUUUUCGUGAAAUUGAACGAUGACAAGGUGGAACUGACGGAAAAACUCACCGUCGAGCAAAAAAGCAACAAAGAACUGUUCGACAAGCUCCAAAAGACCGAAAUAACCCUGCAAACUCUGGCCGACGCCAUAGAAAUUAAAGACAGAGAACUCUGCAAGCUAAGAGACAGCUCAACCAACCUGAACAAACAAGUUCUGCAGCAGGAACAACUCACCGACCGAUUGAGGCACUACGAGGCGCAUGAUCACAGCGCGCACGCGCUGCAAAGCGAGUUGCAGGAGGCCAGGAACACGAUCACUAGAUUGACGAACGAGUUAAACCAAGGCAAGCAAGGCACACUACAAGAAAACGGUGACACCAUGGAAUCUCUAAGAACUCGGUUAAGACAGUUGGAGGUGAAAAAUAAAGAGUUAGAAUGUGGCAACACUGAUUCGAUAAAUAACAAUGACGAGUUGGAUAAGGAGGUGGCAAUGAAAUAUUUGCAGGAUAAGUUUACAAGAACCAUGCAGGAUAUAGCGGAGUUGCAGGAUGAAAAACAAAGGUUGGAACAUUUGGUGGAUCAGCUUCAAACGGAAACUGAAACAAUUGGUGAGUAUGUGGCUCUGUACCAACACCAAAGAAUGGUUUUGAAGCAACGGGCUUUGGAAAAAGACCAGCAAUUAAAACAGCUGGCCAGUGAUAGAGAGCAGAUGAAAGAAAAACUGCACAAGCUAAAUUCUCUAAUACAUAAAGUGGUUAACAAUGAUGUGGCAGUUACAACCAGUGGUGAUUAUGUAAUAGAGCAAAAACAAGAGGAAAUAUCUGAAGGAAAAAGCCAGGAAACAGCCAAAGAAAUUAUUAAUCUGCUAUCUGAAAUCGAGACCAGCAAUUUGGUCCAACCAAAUAGUGAAGAGUUUCAUCAUUGUCCAUGGUGUCAAGGGAACUUAAUUACAGUUUAAUUAAUGAAAAAUAUCUUUAAAAAAACCCAAAGAUCUAAAUUUAAUUUUGGGACUUUAGAAACUGUUUUCAACUCAUUGUGACUUAUGUGAUUGUUAAAGGAAAUGUAAAUAUUGCUUAUUAAAUAAAUUUGUAUA